GUUGUACCCCUCCUCCUGCUUGCUCCUCCUCCCGGGGGCUCUCUAGGCUGGCCUGACCUACCUCUUUCUCACUCCUUCCCUUGCACGGUCCUGACACGCGCCGGCCACGUCUUACGAUGAGCCUUCCAACACCACCUAGUACCUCCCACAGGGAGAAGGAGACCUGGAUAUCGCGUCUUUCACCAAGUUCACGCGUCUCAUGGUCGGAGGAGCACCAGUACCACACACUUCCAGCCAGCCCGUCCUCGACGCCACCAAGUAUCAACGUCAAGUCAAGCGCGUCGCAGCUUGCACCAGGCAAGUCGAUUUUGAAGAAGACGGAGGACGUGCUCCCUUUGAUGGACGAGGAGGAGCAGAAAGAGUGCACUCCUGAGCCGGCGGAUCCUCUGACCGACCUGCGCUAUCUGGAGAAUCCCGUCUCACUGAUUCUCGAUUCGAACGCGUCGCUGCGCGACCUCGCGGAGGCUUACUCUGUGCUUUCUUCGCGUUGCAAGUCUGCCCUGACCACGGAUAGCGUGGUUGACUCGACGUGGCCGCUUUUCCAACCGCUUCGGAAACGUCGUGACGCGUUCCUUGAUGCUGUCAUUCGCGAUUUAGGCCGCGUGCACAUUGACCCCCUUGAAAUACCAUCAACCGAAGGCGAGCCAUGCCCGGCGCAGGGGCGGGAAGUAGUCGUGGCAUUGCCCUCCCCCAAGGAAAGCCCUCGAAAGAAGAGGGGUAUGUCCGGAGAGCAAGCCAAAUUCGCGCGUGAUGUCUGCACUGUCUGCCACGCUGUCAUACGUUUCCUCAACGUUGCCUUCACGUUUCCUGCGCUGUAUCAGUUGUACUCUGUCAAACAGCUGCGCUUUCUCUUGACCCACGUUCUCGCCAUCCCGAUGGCUCCUGAGCUCCCGACUCCCAAUGCACGUAAAACCUGCGCGUUAGCCGUGUGGCUAAUCCAGACGAUGGAGCUUCCAUCGGAAGUUAUCGAACCUGCGGCACCGCGUAUAGCGUACGCUAUUCGUCGGGGUAUCGAAGGCGAACUCGGGAGAGAGGGGAAGAAGGGAGCAGUGAAUGACGGUCUCAAGGCGAUCUAUGAACUGUCCACUGCUUUCCCGGAGAUUUUUGUACCGGCAUUCACGGAUAUCCUUCCAUCCCUCCUGUCAAACCUCCUCGCACCGACCCUUGUUUUGCGCGCGCAGGCAUGUCAUGCGCUCGGAGGCUUUGCGUAUGCGGUUGCGAACAUCUCUGCAUCUCCAGUCCAUGCUCGUAUAGCCAACAUCGUCGCCAACUACCUGCGGCCUGUCGACUCACCACCUCCACCACCUGAUGCGAAUGGCAACGCUGCCCCUCCCAUGACUCCAGGGAGUCCGAAAAGGGACUCCGCCAUAGUGCGCACCCUCCGGACGCUGUUAGCUGCGACAGAACCUAGGCAUGUCGCUCAAGGUCCCGUUUGGGCGUGGAUGGUCCUCGGCUACUUCAUCGUUCUGCUGGGCCCGAUGGUGUACGAGGACGACGCGAUCUGCCGCACCAUCACUGCCCUAUUCAGCUUAGGUCUGCGUCACGGAAAGAGCUCCGUUCGUAACCUAGGGUUCAUGACCUGGCGCUGUAUGGUCUGGGCGUACUUCUACGCGCCUUCGAUCAAGGUGACCACCGAUGGUGACGAAGACAUGGAGGAUGCUGACGAAUCGGAACGCACCUCGACUGUUGCAUCCCCUGGGGAGCGCAUAAAGAGCGCCUGGAAAGUCAUGGUCUCUAUACUCGAUGUCGGUGUAGGCUCGGCCGUCAUUGCCUCGCUUCUGUCGCAGCCCUCCUCCGAGUUGAGCCUCCGCCGCGUUCUCGGCGUCCUGCGCGCCAUGAGCAGGAAGGGUGGACAUACGACGAAGGAAGCCCUUGACACCGCCAUGGAGCUCCUUGGUGUCCCCGACUCGGCAGACGAGGCCAUCGAGCCCCCGACCCUGCUCCCGCACGGCCUCUUCUGCGCAGAACCGGGGCUGCUCACCGCAGACUGGUCUUCACUGCCAUCUGCCGCUCGGCCAUUACUCGAGGAAUGCCUGCGCACGCACAGCGUGCGGAAGUUGACGGAAGACGAGGUUGGGACGAACUGGGUGUUCAACGUCCUCUUGGUGGUCUUCAAGAAUGGUCUCAGCGCACUGAAGCUCUCUUGGGGCGUCAAUUGCCCGAGUGAGCUUAUUGCCCUGUGGGGCGCUCUAAUUCGCUCGAAGAGCGACGGACUUGCCGAUGAGAAUGACAGGGAUGAGCUCACGUCAUGGGCGGAUGUCAUGACUGGCCUCCUGAUUGACCUUGUCGACGAUCCCAAGCUCGACGUGGUCAAGAACGCUCACGGCGACCAUGACAGCGGAUUUGUGCCCACAAGCCCUGUCAAAGGAGUCCGAAAGCACCUGAUGCCGACACUUGAACGCAUGAAUCUGGGGCUGAAGCUCUACCUUGCGCGCGAGCUCUGGCACGUCCAUAUGAGCAUAUUCUCAGGUGAAGCACUGGAAAAGUCCUCAGAGAAACUCUUGGGCUAUCUUCUCUACAACGAGGAGUACCUCGUCGAAGAGCUGGACGAGGCGGACGGCGUGCGACUGCAGUGGGCUUCGCUCUGCGCAGAAACGCUGUUCGCGUGCGAUGCUGCCCUGUUGGAGAAGUUCUGGUCGGGACGUCAUCCCAAAGGCCCGCAAUUUGGCUGGGCUUCUGAGGUGCGUCGACUGGUGUGGUCCGCGUUCGUCGAAAAAUGGCGCGAGAACUCCGAAGUGGCCUGGGAGAUGGGUGUCAUCCUCCUCAGUGCACCGUUCAUGGACUUCGCUGCGUUCGACAUGUGGAAUUACGACGCAGAGGUUUGGAAUGCUAUCCUCCGCGAGACCAUGGACAGGGCACUCGACUACGGCAUUGACUCCGUCACCGUCGUCGACCAAGUCGCGUCGACGGUGUCCUCUCACCACUCGCCUACCAUGUCCGCCUCUGCAACCCGCAUCGCCGACCUGCUCCUCUCGAACCUGGACAUCACCGAUGCACGGGACGUCCCAAAGGAUGUCCUCGACUUGGUCAACGACACGCUCAUCACGACUUACCCUCCCGAGCCGCGCAACAAGGUCGUAUCUCUUUGGCUUAUCCGGACACUCACGAGGGUGAUCGACGCGUGUCCGAUCGAGCUUUCGAUGAACAUGUUCGAGCUUCUCCAGGAAGGUCUGGCACACUGGAUCAGCGACGACUACCAAGUGUUCACUGCGGAAGAGUAUGCCAUGGAUAUCCUCCCAGUAUACCAGACAGUCUUGCUCGGCAUCCAGUCACUGCCUCGCAUUGUCGACGUGAUCGAGGCGCUCGCGCCCAUCGUCGAGGCCGGCUUCUGCGGCCGCCCCAACAAGCCCGAAGCUAUCACCCAGGCCUUCGCAGACUUCUGGGAGGCAUCCUACGCCCGCGUCAAGGAGCCUUCCGAUGGGUGGCCCGAGCGGCUGCAAGCCUGCCUGCACGCCCUGCACGGGGACAAGCCUCCUCUGUCCGUCGGGGCCUUCGACAUGGACGACCUCCCGCCCUCCUCCGACUUCCCCGACUCCAAUGACGACCUCUUCGCGCCGGACACGAACGACGCGGAGAGCGAGGAAGAGGAAGACGAGGUCUCCGCGUCCAUCCUCCUCGCCUCCCCCGGCUUCGGGCCUCCCAUCCCCGCACUCAUCCCCCUCCCUCCAUCGCCGGUCGCCGGCCCGUCGCGCUUCACCACCCCGCCGUCCACGCCGAAGCUCUCCCCCGUCCGCCUCUUCGCGACCCCCACGCGCCCGCACAGGGCAGCCGGUCGCACUGAGGAGCCGUCGUCGCCCUCGUCCCCGCUGGCGUUCCCCGACUCCCCGCAGCGCGCGGUGCCGGAGCCCCCGCGCACGCCGAUGACACCCAAGCGCGCGUCGCAGACGACCCCAAAGCGCACACCGCUGUCGUCCGCGCGCAGACGGAGUGCGCGCGAGAAGGAGAACGUCGAGCCGCUGCCUGUCAUCGCGACUGUCGCGGAGCGCAUCGCGAUGAGCGCGUCUGCCGCAGCCAGUGGGCCGUCCGUCCUCGGCAAGCGGCCCUCGGGUGACGACGAAGACGAUGUGCAGCCGCCGAAGAGAGCUAAGCUUGACUUGCCGGCUGCUCCUCUGCUGGAUCCUGGCUUGCUGCUCAAGAAGUCUGAGGAUGAGCCGUUGCGGACGAGUGUCUUCUUCCAGGACGUCCCGAGUACACCCAAGCGGCCGAAGACGCCCCAUUCCAGUGCGCGCUCACCGGUGUUCGAUUCGGACUCGGGCAUCUCCCUGUCAUCGUCGCCUGAGAUCCCGGUGUACAGUGCGAGGAAGUCGACUGGAGUGACCGCGAAGCCCUCGAGCGUCGCCUUCGCUGGCUUGCCCAGCACCUCGAGGCGCAUUGCGACCUUGCCCAAGACGCCAUUCCCCGCCAGAGCGGCGGAGUCCGAUGAGGAUCCGUUCUCGUCUUCUCAGGCGUCGUCCUCUGUGAUACCAGCGAGUGAGCCACGGACGCGCAAGCGGAAGGGCGUCUUCAUGGAGGCGGUUGAGGUGCCGACGUACAAGGAGGUCCUCCGUCGCGAGGAGGCACAGCGGAGGCGUAUCAGUCUCUAUGCCAGUCUGCCGCGGCGCGCUGCGUCUUCCGUCGCUCGCCAGAGUGCGACGAGCAGCAAGCCAGCGGAGUCAGGUACGAGGAGGACACAUUCGGCUGUGAAGGCGACCGAGGCGAAUGUUGCAGAGUCUGAGAGGGACGAGCUCCCGGAGACACCGACAAAGAAGCGGAAGAGCCGCGGUGCGGUCAUCAACGGGAACGCGGAGGCGGGGACAGCAGGGUCUUCUUCGUCCAUGUCGUCCUCCCUCAGAGCCCUCAGAAAGGCUCCUGUCCUGGGUAGUGACGACUCUAUCUUGCAUGCUACGCCCUCAAAGCUCCUGCCAAAGGAGCACUCGUCGUCCGACGACGACCCCCGGCUGGGGCAAGUCAACCCCGUCGGGCUCUCCUCGCCUGCCCUCCGGCGCGUCAAGGCGCAGGCGGUGGACCUGUCGGACCCGCCGAGCAGCGACGACUCCGUCAUGUCGAACAGCCCCUCGCGGGACCUCGUGAAGCGGCGCAUCGCGCGCCUGCCGGGGAGCGUAGACAGGAGGAAGACCUUAGACCCCUCCCCCCUCAAAACGCGCAUGGUCGCGGUGAUUGACUUGACGCGCGACGACGACUGAUGUGCACCCCGGUGCAGUCGUACCUAUAUUCUUGGAAUACACUGACUUGUGUUGUGUGUUUGUUAACCGUGGAUUUGCGAUUUGUUAGCUGUGAUAUCUCGUCUGUCUGUCUUCUCACUACUCUGUCCAUACCUCCUCUGUCCAUACCUCGCAUUGUACUGUAUCAGCAUCUGCAAAUACACAUCCUCGAGCUCCC